GUACUCUCGCUCGAACAAUCCGGCAGGAGCUGUCGUCGAUCCGCCGUCUACUCCAUCUUUUUCAGCUGCUCCGGUCGAGUUUAGUACAAUAGUGUAAGGUAAAAUGUCUCUGCUGUCAGCGCGUAUCGCCGCCUCCGUGGCCAGGAACCUGCCGAGCACCGCCUCGAAGGUUGCUGCCGCCGCCCUGCCAACCACCGCGGUUGCCGCCCGCAAACUUCACUUGACAUCGCAGAAAUGCGGCGCCGAAAUCAGCUCCAUUCUCGAGGAGCGCAUCCUUGGCCAGGCCCCCAAGUCUGACCUCGAGGAGACCGGCCGCGUGUUGAGCAUUGGUGAUGGUAUCGCUCGUGUCUAUGGUCUGAAGAACAUCCAGGCUGAUGAGAUGGUGGAAUUCUCAUCUGGUCUUAAGGGUAUGGCCUUGAAUUUGGAACCUGACAACGUUGGUGUUGUAGUCUUCGGUAACGACAAACUCAUCCGUGAAGGUGAUAUUGUCAAGCGUACCGGCGCCAUUGUCGAUGUGCCAGUCGGCGAACAGAUCUUGGGUCGCGUCGUUGAUGCUUUGGGUAACCCCAUCGACGGCAAAGGUCCAUUGGACACCAAGACCCGCUUCCGUGUGGGUAUCAAGGCUCCUGGCAUCAUUCCCCGUGUGUCUGUGCGCGAGCCUAUGCAGACUGGUAUUAAGGCCGUCGAUUCGCUCGUACCCAUUGGUCGUGGUCAGCGUGAGUUGAUCAUUGGUGAUCGUCAAACCGGCAAAACUGCCCUGGCUAUCGACACCAUCAUCAACCAGCAGCGUUUCAAUAACGCUGAUGAAGAGAAGAAGAAGCUGUACUGCAUCUACGUCGCCAUUGGUCAGAAGCGUUCCACCGUCGCUCAGAUCCUUAAGCGUCUUACUGACGCCGGUGCCAUGAAGUACACCAUCAUUGUGUCUGCUACUGCCUCUGAUGCUGCUCCUCUGCAAUACUUGGCCCCAUACUCUGGCUGCGCUAUGGGAGAAUUCUUCCGUGACAACGGCAAGCACGCUCUCAUCAUCUACGACGAUUUGUCCAAGCAGGCCGUUGCUUACCGUCAAAUGUCUCUGUUGCUGCGUCGUCCCCCAGGUCGUGAAGCUUAUCCCGGUGAUGUCUUCUACCUUCACUCCCGUCUGCUUGAACGUGCGGCUAAGAUGUCCGACGCUCACGGUGGUGGCUCUCUCACUGCCCUCCCCGUCAUUGAGACCCAGGCCGGUGACGUAUCGGCGUACAUUCCAACCAACGUCAUUUCUAUCACUGACGGACAAAUCUUCUUGGAAACCGAGUUGUUCUACAAGGGUAUUCGUCCCGCCAUCAACGUCGGUCUUUCCGUAUCUCGUGUCGGUUCCGCUGCGCAGACCAAGGCCAUGAAGCAGGUCGCCGGUUCCAUGAAGUUGGAGUUGGCGCAGUAUCGUGAGGUUGCCGCUUUCGCCCAGUUCGGCUCUGACUUGGACGCCGCCACCCAGCAGCUGUUGAACCGUGGUGUACGUCUUACUGAACUCCUUAAACAGGGUCAGUACGUGCCGAUGGCCAUUGAAGAACAGGUUGCCAUCAUCUACUGUGGUGUCCGCGGUCACUUGGACAAGGUCGACCCCGCCAAGAUCACCGCUUUCGAGAAGGAAUUCUCCGCACACAUCAAGUCGAACUAUCAAUCACUGUUGAGCACCAUUGCCAAGGAAGGUAUGAUCAGCGAGUCAUCCGAUGCGCAACUGAAGAAGGUCGUGACAGACUUUGUAUCGACAUUCGCCGCGUAAACGCGUUGAUACCAUAUUUUAACUAAUUUAGUUCAUAGGGCUGAAUACAAUUGAUUAUCUAGUACACGUUCAUCCUCCAAUCAUGGAAAAUGCGAUUUUGUUCUAAGCGAUAUGUCAUGCAGGGCACUUAAACAGCAGUAACUAUGUAAAGAAAAACUUGUAACUUGUCUAUUGUGUUGAUUUACUGUUAAUGAAAGGAGUGGACAAGACAACAUGAAGCAAAAUGCGAAAAUAUAAACGAAAAGUCGAAAGAAUAAAUGUGAGUAAGGCCGAAA